AUGUCCCCUCAACUGCCCGCCUUCGAUCCAAACGAAACUGUAUACAGCUUCACGCCCGGCUGUUUACAAGAUGUACCGCAGCCAAAUGGCUAUGGCCGUUUUCAUAGCCUCGAUCCCUCAACUCCAGGCAAGCGCCUGGUUGUUCAACCCCAAUCUACGUUGCAACCAAAUCCUUUGUAUGGCAAUCAGCACGAAGCUUCCAUGAAGACUACAUGGACGGCUCCUUUGACUAAGGCUUCGUCAGAUAGCUCCGCAUCUGUCCAUCAUCAGUCGCCUCCUUUGCUUGACAGAAGAUCUGCAUCGCCAACGACGUGUUAUGACUUUGUCUUGGAGGAUCCAAAAAAUCCACACGGUUACCGGGAAAAGAGAUUUCGUUCCCGAGUGGAACUAGAUCAGCAAAAGGAGGAUAUUCGACAUUUGAAACAAUUCGGUGGUGCAUGUCUGUCUUGCUAUCGAAGCAAAAAGAAAUGUGGGCCAUCAACUCCUUGUCCGCCCUGCCUUGCAAACAACCGCAAGUGCAUUCGCAGAGACCAGACGACCUUCACAGGCAACUCCUCCGAUCAUAUGACGAGCUCCCCGGCGAACCCAUAUGUGGAUGAAGUUCUUGAGAUUUUGCAACCCGGCUCGUGGGAACUCAUGGGCUCCAUUGACGGAACCUACUCUGACGCUGGCUUCAAUCGAAGUCCAAGUCGACUGUGA